AUGCUUGAAAAUGGAGAGAAAUUUGAUUCCUCUCGAGACAGAAACAAGUCUUUUAAGUUUAUGUUAGGGAAGCAGGAGGUGAUCCGAGGCUGGGAAGAAGGCAAUGCCCAGAUGAGUGUGGGUCAGACAGCCAAACUGACAAUCUCGCCAGACUAUGCCUCUGGAGCCACUGGGCACCCAGGCAUCAUCCCACCACAUGCCACUCUGGGCUUUGAUGUGGAGCUUCUAAAACUGGAAUGACAAAAGUGGCCUCCUCCCUUAGCUCCUUGCACAUGGAUCUGCCAUGGAGGGAUCUGGGACCUCCAGACGGGUGCACAUGAAUCCAUGUGGAUCUUUUCCUGAUGUCCCACCACUCUUUGUAUAGACACCUACCCGACUGAAUGUGUUCUGUCACUCAGCUUUGCUUCGGACACCUCCAUGUCCUUGUCCCCUUCUGUAUGUGUGUUGACCUAAACUAUGCCAUAAACCUCAAGUUAUUUUGUUUUGGGGUGAAGAUUCAGUUUCAGUCUUUCAGGUCUAGGUUUCCAAUGAAGUAUAUUGUCAAGUAUUAACAGCACAAGCGGUGGGUUAACUUUAGAAUAGGAAUUGGUGUUGGGGUGGGAUUUGCAAGAAUUUU